AUGUCCUCCUCCGUCACAAUAUGCCUUGGAAGCCAAUGGGGCGACGAGGGCAAGGGUAAGCUGACGGAUAUUCUUUGCGCUGAGGCUCAAAUAUGUGCCCGUGCCGCUGGCGGACACAACGCAGGGCACUCUAUCAAGGCUAAUGGGGUAUCCUAUGACUUUCACCUACUCCCGUCCGGUCUCGUUUCCCCUAAGUGUAUCAACCUGAUUGGAUCUGCCGUUGUCUUCCACGUUCCGUCUUUCUUUAAGGAACUCGCCGACGUCGAGGCAAAGGGGAUAAAAGAUGCUAGUCAACGCCUUUUUGUCUCGGACAGAUGUCACAUCAAUUUCGAUUUACAUGCCGCCGUUGACGGGCUUGAAGAAAUCGAACUGGGUUCCAAUGCAGUCGGUACUACGAAGCGAGGAAUUGGUCCGUGUUAUAGCUCCAAAGCAGCUCGGAGCGGUAUACGCAUUGCCGAGAUGUACAACGUGGAGCUGUUCGAACGUAAACUACGACAACUAGCUGUCGGAUACAAGAAGCGCUACGGGGAUCUACUGAAAUACGAUGUUGAGGAGGAGAUCAACCGCUUUAAGGAUUACCGUGUCAAGCUUGCUAGCUACGUCAUCGACGCUGUGGCGUUUAUGAAGGACGCCCAGGAAAAGAAUGCCAAUAUAUUCGUCGAGGGUAGCCAGGCUCUGAUGCUGGAUUUAGACUAUGGUACUUACCCUUAUGUCACCAGUUCCAAUACGUGCCUCGGCGGUAUCAUAUCUGGCCUUGCGCUUAAACGGAGAAACAUCAAGGAAGUCAUUGGCGUUGUCAAGGCUUACACUACCAGGGUUGGUUCCGGAAAUUUCCCAACCGAGGACCUCGGUGAGGUUGGCUCAAAGCUUCAGCAAUUAGGUGGUGAAAUUGGCGUAUCCACGGGUCGGAAACGAAGAUGCGGCUGGCUGGAUCUCGUCGUCUUGAAGUACUCUUGUGCGGUCAAUGACUAUGACUCUCUCCAGUUGAGUAAGCUCGAUGUUCUAGACACGUUCGACAAGAUCAAGGUUGCAAUUGCGUACAAGAAUAAGACGACUGGCGAGGAAUUACCUUCAUUCCCAGCCGACCUAUCAAUCCUGGAUGAUAUCGAAGUUGUGUAUCAUGAACUACCAGGAUGGAAUACUAGCAUUGCCAAAAUACGCGAAUGGUCUGCACUUCCUAAAGAAGCACGCGAUUACAUUGAGUACAUUGAUAACUUCCUUCAAACUAAGGUCAAAUGGAUUGGCACCGGCCCUGACCGCGAUGAUAUGAUUUAUCGGCCCUGA